AUGUCAGUGACUGAUAAGAUUCAUGAAGAAAAGAAACCAAAAAAAAAAUGGGAUGUUGUUAAUGAGGACUUUCUUAAAUUAUUAAAAGAAAAAGGUCAAAAUAUUUCAAUUGCAAUUUCUGAUCCAACACAAGCACUAAUAGUUGUUCCUCAAAAAGUUGCUAUUGCAACUAUAGGAAGUAAUGAUUUAGAAGAUCUUUUAGCACAACAAAAAAAAGGAACUUUUGAAUAUUCUAAGAAUAUUUGUAUCAAUCACUUAGAUCAAACAUUAAGAACUUGUUUACUCAAAACAUCAACUCAUAAACAUCUUCAAAAAGAAUAUAAUAUACUUGUUUGUGUUAAAGGAAAUUAUCAACCACAAUUUGAAGAAAAGGAAUUUGAUCCAGAUGACUCUUCAACGUAUAUUAAUAAAUGUGGUCAAAUUCCAUUAUAUUUAUUAGUCAGAGGAGAUACUGAAAAAGAACUAAAUCGUGGAGUAAAUGCAAUCAAUGAAAUUCUUAAUGGAACAUUAACAAUAGAAAUUUAUCCACCACCAUUUAAAAAUGAAGAAGAUAAAAUAUUAUUCUAUAAAAAAAUUAUUGGAAAAGAUCAUCAGAACAUUCAAUAUAUUGAAAAAAAAACUGGAGUGCAACUCUUGGUUAAAGGUAGUGGUUCUGAGGAAGUUUAUAAUGAUUCUAUUAAGCCAUUACAUUUUGUUAUUGUUUCUAAGGUCCCCAUUGCACUUUUAAAAGCAAAGAGUCUUUGUGAUAACUUAAUAUCACAUAUAAAAGAUAAAUGGUAUGAAGGAAAGAGGUAAAGUUGUUUUUUUUUCAAUUUAACUAU